GUUAUGUGGCCGCAUGUCCCAAAAAUGCAACCAAAAACACGUCCAAAAAUACCACCAAAAACAUGCCCCAGUCCAGCUAAAAAAAAAAAAGUUUACCCCUCAAACAUGUAGUAAGAACAGAAAACGUUCCACACGCAUAACCAGAUCCAUUUUCCUCAGUAAAUUCACUGUUUAGUGCAUUUCCACCCAUUUUACUCCGUCAAACCCAUAAACCUAGCAAUAUUAUAAUGCCUCUGUAUUUAAGCUUGAAUGCAGCAGGCAAUAAGUUUCACUUUUAGUUUGCAUGCGUGAGAUCCCAGCUGGCCAUACACUACCACAUGACCUGCCCGGCCCUGGUUCAUGCAGUUAUAAACGCUAUCCCCUGUGACACAAUUGAACGACAAACUGUUCAUUCCCCUUCAACCAGCAGCCUGAUGGCCAGCAACGUCACCAACAAGACGGAUCCACGUUCGCUGAACUCCCGGGUCUUCAUCGGGAACCUCAACACAAUGCUGGUGACCAAAGCCGACGUGGAGGCCAUCUUCAGUAAGUACGGGAAGAUUGUGGGCUGCUCCGUGCACAAAGGCUUUGCGUUCGUCCAGUACGUCAACGAGAGGAACGCCAGAGCGGCGGUCGCAGGUGAAGAUGGGAGGAUGAUCGUCGGACAGGUGCUCGAUAUUAAUCUGGCUGGUGAGCCGAAACCUCAUCGUUCAAAGACCAUCAAACGCUCUGCAGGAGAUAUGUACAGUGUUUUCUCCUCCAGCAGUUCCUCAUUUGAUCUGGACUAUGACUUUCAGAGAGAUUACUAUGACAGGAUGUACUCGUACCCGUCGCGCGUCCCCCCUCCUCCUCCUCCUCCUCUCUCGCGGGCGGUGAUUCCCUCCAAACGAGCGCGUGUUAGCGUUAGCACCGGCGGCAGCCGCAGGACCAAAACCAGCUUCUCCUCCAAGAACAGCCAGCGCACGUCACGCACCAUGAGAGCCGACGAUCUACAAACCAUUAAGAAAGAACUGACUCAGAUUAAACACAAAGUGGACUAUCUGCUGGAGAGCCUGGAGCGCAUGGAGAGAGACCACAGCAAGAAAUCAGAGGUGAAGAGCUCUAAACCAGAGGACGCCUCCCCGCAGCACUCCAGCGGGAAGAAAGAGCGCGAGAGCACGGACAUGAACGACUACGAGGACGAGGGAGACCUGCUGGAGGAAGAGGAGGUGAGUGAAGAGAGACAACAGCGUCAGAAAUCACGUUUCUGCUCGCUCGUAUUCACCCGUCGCUGUGGGUUUGUGCAGAUCAAGAGUCGAGGAAGGGAGGAUGAUGAUGAGGAAGAAGAGGGUGAGCAGGAGGAAGGAGAGGAUGAUGGAGACAGCACCAACGGAGACCAUUCUUAAACAUGUCCGACGUGGACACACAUGCAUGCUCACCGUCAGAUAUAGAGUAGAUCCUCUGACCUUUAAUGCACCCUUAGUUUUAUUUUAGAAGUCCAGAACAUUAAGACUCAUCAUGAAAAUGAAUCUCAGCUUUACACUCCAUCGCAUGAACCCCGGACUUCAGCCAGCAUCCUCUGAGAUCUCGUCAGUCUUGACCAAAUCUGCAUUUACAAAAAAUUAACGUUUUCUGCUUUAGGAUUGAGAAACUACUUUUAAUUGCAGUGAAAUCUCCUUCAUUGCUGUGACAUUGUGGCAUCACCAUGCCAAGCUGUUUUAAUACUGCCAACCCAAAAGCUUAGAUGUGUUUGCAUAAUAAAUGGAAGAGGAACUACUUAGAAGUGCUGUGAUUGGAUUUUACCAAAACUGUUAUAGUUUGUGCUUGGAUGAAGGUUAGAGAGGGGACAAAAACAGUUUUGUAACUUGGCAACCCAUUAAAGACAAACUCUAAUAAUCAACAUCCUAUAUGACUAUUGUAGGUUUACUAGGUGAUUGACACAUUGAUGAGCCAAUCAGAAUGCAUGGAAUCUGGAGACUACAGCUCCUAAAGAGACACUAACAUGCAUUUUGUACAUGUAACCUUUUACAUGUACAAAUUUGUCAAGCCUAGGAAACAUUCGCUGUCCCCCUCCAGACACGUUCAGGUCAGCUUUAAGAUCUCAAACCGCCGCAUGAGUUACGCUGGUGAUAAUGGUGGCUGGAGUUAGGGAAGGUUCUGCCAUGGUCUUGAUCAUUUUAACCGGCCUGUGUAGACUAAUAUUACACAGAUGUGCUCAAAUACACGUGAAUGUCCUUCUUUACCAAUGCUUUCCUUGAGUCUUGUGGUUGUGAGACCCUUCUGUUCUGGGUUCUGUUACUCAUACUAGACUAUUAUUAGAUCUCGGAUUGCUUUCCAGUCGAGUCCUGAAGCUUUUGACGGACUUCAGUCCCCAAACCCUGAGCUUUCUGAACUCAUCCAGCAGGAGUUUGUUUGUUUGUGUCGGUUCAGGCGCAGCAGUGUUCCUCUAGGACUCCUUUUGGGAGAUAAAUGUAGAGUUACUCAUCCUGGCCAGUGGGCGGCAGUGUGGCCCAGUUCUGUUAUUUAACCUCUCAGAAAUACUGCUUGAUUGAACAGUUUUAUAUUCAUUAAGGGGUCACUGAGUUUGUGAAUACGUUUGGAUUGUACAGUCAUUGUAAUUUUACCCGUGGGUUUGUAUCUGUGUACAGUGACACUAAGAGCUGAGUUUGCUUCUGAUAAAUACAAGCUGUGUUUGUUGCCGUUUUCUUUUCUUUUCUUUUGUUCCGUUUCUGCUUGGUCUUUGAAAUAAGUUUCAAUAAAUCUAUGAAUGAAA